AUGUCCGCCGCCACAGUUUUUGACUCGACGCUCUUUGGCAACAUCUUUGGCACCGAGGAAGCUCGUCAAGCCUUUUCUGAGCGAUCCUAUGUUGCCAAUUUGAUCCAGGCCGAGUGCGCCCUGGCCGAGGCCGAGGAAGCUGAAAAUAUUGUGCCGACUGGCACAGCUGACAUUUUGAGAGAGCACUGUGAUAUUUCCAAGAUCGAUUGGCAGUUGCUUGCGGCCCGCACGGAGAUCGUGGGAUACCCGGUUCUGCCUUUGGUAGAGCAAAUGUCCAAAUGGGUUCCCGAAGAGACUUCUGGAUACAUCCACUGGGGCGCCACUACUCAAGACAUCAUGGACCUCGCGUCGGUUUUACAGAUGAAGCAUGGUCUUGAGAUCGUCGAGCGCCUCCUGCGCAAAGUUGCCUCCACCCUUGAAAGAAUGUCCGCUGCCUACCGAGACGUACCGAUGGCCGGCCGGACGCAUCUGCAACACGCCCUCCCAAUCACCUUCGGAUACAAAUGCGCAGUAUGGCUCGCUGGCUUCCGCAGACACGUGAAGCGUCUCGAACAGAUCAAGGAGAGCUGCUUGCUGGUUCAGUUUGGUGGCGCUGCUGGUACUCUCGCCUCUCUAGGCACGAGCGACAGCGGCAUCCGUGUACGCAAGCGCCUCGCAGCGAUUCUUGGCCUGCAAGAUCCCGUCAUCACUUGGCACGUGGCGCGCGAUACCAUUGCUGAGAUUACUAACUACCUUGCCCUGGUGGGUGGUAGCUUGGGCAAAAUUGCUCUUGACUUGAUCAUCAUGUCAUCAAAUGAGUUGAACGAGGUUGCCGAGCCUUACGUUCCUCACCGUGGCGCUUCCUCGACGAUGCCUCAAAAGCGCAAUCCAAUUUCCAGCGAAGUAAUACUUGCGCAAUCGAAGAUUCUACGUGCACAAGCAGGCCUUGUACUUGAUGGCAUGGUUUCCGACUUUGAACGAGCAUCCGGCCCCUGGCACCUGGAGUGGGCUGCUAUUCCAACAGCCUUCAUUUCUAUCGUUGGCUCUCUGCACCAAGCUGAAUUCGCUCUAUCAGGCUUGCAGGUCAACAAAGAUGCCAUGUUGGCGAAUUUGAAGUCAACGAGGGGCCUGAUCGUUGCCGAGGCUGUUAUGAUGGACCUGGCAAAGUACACUGGUCGUCAGGAGGCACACGAGAUUGUUUACAAGGCGUGUGUCAGGGCGCAUGAGAACAACAUGUCCCUGCAAGAAGCCUUGGAGGAGUCGUCUCAGAUUACAUCUCAUCUUGCCUCAUCAGAUCUCUCCAAGCUAUGUGAUCCGACAAGAUACCUGGGAUGCUGUCAACUUAUGCUGGAUGAGCUGUUGGGCCAGGAAGUGGGCCAUGUUAAUGGAAAUGUAAAGAACCUCAACAGCAGCAAUGGGGUUCUGAAUAGCAAUGGAACUACCAACGGCAGCCACUGA